UUUGGGAAGUAAUGUCGACGAAAGAAGAAAUUACAAAAGAGAUCGAGGAGCAAGGAGCCGAAGUCCGCCGUGUGAAAGGUGACAAGAACUCCACAGAGGAAGCAAAAAAAGAAGCAAUCGACAAGCUUCUUGCUCUGAAGCUUACUUACAAGGAGGUUACCGGACAAGAGUACGCAGCUCCAAAUGCUCGUCAAUCCAAACCAAAGAAGGAAGAGAAACCAAAACAACAGCCAAAGCAACAAGAAAAGAAACAAGAUGGAAAGAAGCAGACAUUGUUAGGAGUUGGAACCAAGAAAGAUGAUAACUAUUCGGAAUGGUACAGUGAAGUUAUCACUAAGGCAGAAAUGAUCGAAUACUAUGAUGUAUCUGGUUGCUAUGUUCUUAGACCAUGGUCAUUUGCAGUUUGGGAAUCUAUUCAAGAAUGGUUUGAUUCUGGAAUUAAGAAAUUAGGAGUGAAGAACUGCUACUUCCCAAUGUUCGUAUCAAAUGCUGCCCUCGAACGCGAAAAGACUCAUAUUGCUGAUUUUGCCCCAGAAGUUGCUUGGGUUACUCGUGCUGGAAACUCUGAAAUGGCCGAACCAAUCGCUAUUCGCCCAACUUCAGAGACAGUUAUGUACCCAUCUUACAAGAAAUGGGUUCAAUCUCAUCGCGAUCUUCCAAUCAAGUUGAACCAAUGGUGCAAUGUUGUUCGAUGGGAGUUCAAGCAUCCAACACCAUUCCUUCGUACUCGUGAAUUUCUCUGGCAAGAGGGACAUACGGCUUUUGCCAACCCAGCAGACGCUGAAAAAGAGGUUUUCCAAAUCCUUGAUCUCUACGCAGGAGUCUACACUGAUUUGCUCGCUAUCCCAGUUGUGAAGGGACGAAAGAGUGAGAAGGAAAAGUUUGCUGGAGGAGAUUUUACGACGACAGUCGAAGCAUACGUGGCAUGCAAUGGUAGAGGAAUCCAAGGAGCAACUUCUCACCAUCUCGGACAAAAUUUCUCCAAGAUGUUUGAUAUUUCGUACGAGGAUCCAGCGAAGGAAGGAGAACGAGCAUUCGCUUGGCAAAAUUCGUGGGGUCUUUCCACUCGUACCAUUGGUGCAAUGGUAAUGAUUCACGGAGAUGACAAGGGAUUAGUACUUCCACCAAGAGUUGCCGCUGUUCAAGUUAUUGUUGUUCCAGUUGGAUUCAAGACUGAGAACAAGCAAUCGCUUUUCGAUGCUGUUGAUAAGGUUACCAAGGAUUUGGUCGCGGAUGGAGUAAAGGCUGAGCACGAUUUGAGAGAAAACUACAAUGCUGGCUGGAAGUUCAAUCAUUGGGAAUUGAAAGGAGUCCCAAUCCGUUUUGAGGUCGGACCAAAUGAUUUGGCAAAGAACCAGGUAACCGCUGUAAUCCGUCACAACGGAGAGAAGAAACAACUUUCCCUGGAAGGACUGUCUAAAACUGUCAAAUCUCUUCUUGAUGAAAUUCAUACUGCUAUGUACAAUAAGGUACUCGCUCAACGUGACUCUCACCUGAAGAGCACCACGUGCAUCGAAGAAUUCAAGAAGCUUCUUGACGAGAAGUGCAUUAUACUGUCCCCAUUCUGUGGUCGUCCAGACUGUGAAGAGGAAAUCAAGAAGGCAUCAACAAGAGAAGACGGAGAAGGCGCACAGAUGGGAGCCAAGACGUUAUGUAUUCCAUUGGAUCAACCAAAACAAGAACUUCCAUCAAAAUGUCUUUUCCCAUCAUGCACAUACAAUGCCAAGGCUUUCGCUCUGUUUGGAAGAAGUUAUUAAUUUUCACGUCUACGUCCCUAAUAACUAAAUAUUCAGAAGCAUAGUAUUUAUUCGUUGUCCUCUGUUUUUGCUAUUUAUUUUUUUUGGUGAUUGUUUCAUUUGUCUUCAUACAUCCUACUAUUGCUCGUUUUUUUCAUUUGUUCUGAAUAUCAUUAAAAAUAAAAAUUAAAAAUAAA